UUUUGUUAGCGAUUCUCACCAAAGCAGUUCAAUCCUUACAUUAUAACCUCGUUAUUUGCCACCCACCUCGCUGUCGCCCUUGUUUUGAGUUGAUAUGAGGCCAAAGUAACCCAUACAAACGGUGUAUACCACUAAAUCCGAGGUGUUGUUAGUUGCUCGCGCGCCCUCACCGUCGCAAUGGCUCCGCGAACGCGUCCAGCGCGUGCCUCAAAGCCUACACCUAAGGUGGCCGCCGCGGUGGCCACCGCUCCUACUGCUCCUACUGCUCCACUGCCUAGCAAAAGGAAGAGCAGCAAGCAGGGCAGUCGACAGGCUCCUUCAAAGGCUCGCCGCCGAACAACAGACGCUUCUACAGCAGCUACAGCUGUAGCUGCUACCGCUGCCGCCACUACAACCGCUCGCUCGAAGACGAAGGACGCGCCUGCCGCUCCUACUGCCGCUGCCAGUCGUUCAAUGGACGCGUCUGCUGCUGCCGCUGUGGACGAUUCACUGUUGAAUGAAAUUGAGGCUGCGGAUACAGGCCUUGAUGGCUUUCAGUCGCUCCACGACUCAGAGGCGGAGCCUGAGGUGGUGGAUUUGACGGUGGAUCCGUCAACGUUCGAAUAUGAGCUGGUUUGGCGUGUGCUCGCUGGCCGCACUCAACAACAACGGGAGAUUGCGUAUAAACGGAAGACCUGCAAAGGCAAUCAGCCAGUAUAUCACAUGGCUCAGGCAUGGGCUACGCAGCAGGCUGGCAACCUCAAGAUAUACCGUCUGUCCGCUACUGCUUCUUAUGAGGAUCAGCCGGCUAAGAAGCAGUAUAAGACGGAUAUUGAGUACCUGCACGAGUUUGAGGAGCUGCUCGCUCGCCUCAUAAGCUGGCAAAAACACGGCGCCUCCUUGCGGCUCGAGUGGACCUGUACUCAGCAAGCUUGUCCUAAUUAUGCCGGCAACCUAGAUGCUAGGGUGCCAAACCUGGAUAUCCACAGCGCUCUUCACAAGAGCCAGGCUCGUAUGAGGCUAAAGUCGUCUAACCAUAAGAAGCUGGAGCCUCCACCGUCUCGUUCGCCAGAGCGUCGUGGCAGGGAGCCAUGGCCGCCUUACUACUUCCCCUACCCGCCGCCAGGUAUGGGCCCUCCUUAUACACCUGCUGCUGGCGCUAUACCGGAGCCGCCAUCCUCACAACCGAGCUCUUCAGCUCCGUCCGAGCGUGUGGAUCGAUUUCUUGACUGGUGUGCUGAGCGUGACAGCUGGCGUGGUUUUAGGGCCGAUUUGGACCGUAUGCGGCUUGAAUAGAGCGAUAAUGGAUAGGAUCUUGAUGGAAUCAAAGGUAUAACGGCAGCUCAGUGGAAGGAUAUGGGGUUGAAGGCCGGUCAGAUGGAUAAGGUGAAGCAGAGCCUGAGGAAGUGGAAGAGGCAGUGACAUCAUCACGACUUUCGAGCUGGCGAGGCGAUUCACCUUCGAGCGUCUAUUACACCACAACCACUGAACCGAUUUUUGCUCCUUCACUUGGAAACAAUGGAGAUAGAUAGGUAGAAUGAACCACCAACUGCGUGUCCUCAAACAUGGUGUUGUUGUAGAGAUAUAACGUCCAUCCGGCGACGAGCCUCGCAAGCUUGAAGCCGUGCCAAGCCUUCUCAAACACCUUCAAACAACUUUAACACCUUCAACACCUUCAACACCUUUAACACCUUCAACA